AGUGGCUUCAAUCCGCGCUUGAGUGUAUUUACCUCCAGGCCAAGAUGGCCGCCUCGUAGCAGCAGCAGCGAGAAGCGAGAGAAGAACAACUUUGACACGCUUUGAAAUCCCGAAACAGAGCCUGGAAACUCCCGAGAGAGAGGCAUCGCCUCCUCGCCCGUUUGAAGUGAGACCCGCACCGAGCCGGGGAGUGCAGAGCGCGGCGCUUCCCCCCCGGGACGCUGCUGGUGUUUAAUAACAGAGCGCGGCUCCGGCGGGGACGAGCUCGGUUAUAUUACACAGGCAUGGCAGAGCCCAGGAAGGUGGCCUUCAUCACACUGUCGCCCCCGGAGUGCAAGAAGCGCUGCCUGGAGGACGAGCCCCGCAGCCCCGCGGCCCCGCAGGCCAGCGGCAAUAAUGCCUUCCCCGGGGCGGCGGUGGAAGCGGCGGGCGGAGAGAAGGCUGCAGAGCGGCGCAUCACCGUCCGCUUGAAUCUCCGGCUGUCCGAGCCGAGCGAGCAGGCGUCGGCCGAGUUUAACUACAGCGAGCUUGUCCAGUCGAUACAGGUGAAGAAGCCCGCUGUUGCCUUGGCGCCCGUGCCCACCAAUCCAGACGACCCGUUUGAUGAUGACGAGCGCGAGAGGCUGCAGAUGGAGGCGAUGGCUCGGAAGUUUGAGAGCAAAUACGUGAGUGAGCCGAAAACGUCACAGAAAAGAAAGGGGGCGUGGCUACAGCACACACGCACGCAGGCGGUGCCCCGCCCCUCUCGGUCUCGACCACGCCCACCCCCGAGGGCUCUGGCGAGGAGGGGGCGGAGUCGAGGGCGGAGUCAGAAUGAAAGGUUCGGAGCGCUCUGGCGAGGAGGGGGCGGAGUCGAGGGCGGAGUCAGAAUGAAAGGUUCGGAGCGCUCUGGCGAGGAGGGGGCGGAGUCGAGGGCGGAGUCAGAAUGA